AUGAUGAAUAAUAGAUUUACUAUUACUUUUAUUUUGGCUUAUUUAUCCUUUUUAAGCUGUUUUUCUUGUUUUUCCAGUGCUAGCCUUCCUUUGAGGAUUAACCCAUCAAAUCAGAUAUUUAUUCCUCUUGAUGAAAAAAAUGGAUGUCAGAUAUAAUUUAUACCAAAUUUAAACUUCUGCUCUAACACUGUAAAGUAAACAGCAAGUGAUGCAAUUGAAUGUGGAGCAAUUAACCUUGGAACGAGCCCUUUUUUCAAAAGAGGCUAAGAAUUCACAUCCGUUUUCUAAUUAGGAAAUACUCAAGCUAACUUGAAUUUUACUAUAUUUUUUAGUAUAGAUGCUUCUGACAGCCAACUUUGCUUUAUAACUUAAGAUGGGUAAGUGAAUGACAAUAUAAUCGAUUAACUUUUUUCAUAAGGCUUGAUAGAUUACAAGAAGUUCUAUAUUGAUAUUAAUAAUAUUAAAUAUGAAACUAUUGUAGGUAGUAUUGAUAUAGGCCAUCCUAACUACUAACUGAUCAAAAAGGGAUAGAGUUUUACCACCUUAAAACCCUAUACAGGUAAUUCUGGAUAUUAUGCCUCAUCUACUGGAAAUAUGAAUUAUGGAGGCUUGAGUUUAUAUGGCUAUGAAUCUGUAAGUUUUAGUAUAAAUGAUCCAUAUAUUUAGAUACCAGAGUUUUCUCUAAAGCUAAUUUUACAAGACUUUAAACGCUAAGGAAUUGCAUUCGUAUACUAACCAAAUAAAAAUUAUGCUAUUUAUGUGAAAUCAAUUCAAAAACUUAAAAGUAUUUAGAUUGAUGUAACUGCUGAAGACGGAUCUGACUUUAAAAUUAACAUAAACCCUUCAUAAUACUCAAGAUAGUUAGCUGAUGGAACUUAUUAAUUGCUCUUGUACCCUACAUUCUACAAUAGUAACCUUAGCAUAGGUUAUGCAGCACUCUAGGCUUACUAUGUUGGUUUUGAUUUUAUAAAUCAUACAAUUUACAUAGCUGAAAAAUCAGAUAACAACAUAAUUGUUUAAUGA